GCGACGUGCGCCCCCCCCAGCAGCAGCCGCCAGAAGGCGGCCAGAUUGAACGCGGUGCGUCGGCCCGUAGCGGGGCGCCGGGACACCACCACCGCGGUUCUCCAGCGACGCGGCCCGCUCUUCUUCCGGCGGCCGCGCAAUCGCUGGCUGCCUCGUGACGCGCGUCGUCGACGGCAUGUGCGCGUGAUGCACGACGACGCCCGGAAAACGCGGCCGACGAGGGACGGCGACGACGACCCACUGCGGCUCCGCGUCAUUGCGUGGCACUGAACGGAUUUGUGCGUCUCAGCUACGACCAUGUGCGACCCGAGGACGGUGAUCGAAGGAUCGCUCAAGUACCGCGACGGCCGAAAGUGGAAGAGCCGCUGGUGCGUCGUCUCCAAGCUUUCGCCUGUGGCAGAUUGCAUCCACGUGCAGCUGUACCGCGACAGCAAGGAGCGCUGCAAGCAGGGUCCGACCAAGGCGUCGCUGUCGCUGGCGGGCUGUCUGGGCCUCGAGUCCGGAUUCACGCUCGACAAAGAGAGCCACACAAUGGCGCUCAUCUGCCCCGACCUUGUGCUCUCGCUGGCCUUCGAUUCCAGGGAGCUACUUAUCCAGUGGCAAGUCAAGAUACGCGCCAAUGUUGCAGAAGUGCAACAGUUUCUGGUGCAGAUCUGGCACGCGCCGGGCCGCGCGAAGCUGGCGAGCGGCCCGGCGCGACUGCACUUACAAGACCACCUGUUCUGCAUGACAUCAGGAGUACCGCCUCGCCUGUUGGGAAGCUGGCCCCUGAAAGAACUGCGCCGCUUCGGACUGGUCGACGGAAAAUUCUGCUUCGAGGGAGGUUCUAAAUGCGGCAAGGGCGAAGGGCUGCAUGUGCUCCACACCAACCAGGCUGAAGAACUGGCCGAGGCCUUCGAAGCGGCAUCCCGGGGGAAGCUGUCCGCGCGCAGGAAGCUCCCCUGCAAGGCUUCAGCCAUGGAGACGCCGUCGCGGAUGUCGCUGCAGCCUCGUUCGCGGGCCCAGGAGUCGAGCCAGUGCAGCAGCAGCGAGUCCCGCAGGCCGCUGCUCAGCUCGGGCUGCUCGGACGUGGGCUCCUGCGAUGCCUGCUUCGAGAUAGUGCGCUUCGCCGGCGACGCACCCACGCCCGAUGACUUCUUCCGCUCGAGGACUUUCUGCAAGGUCCACUACAGGUGGCCUUCGUGCGUGUCACAGGGCGGCCCCGCACCCAGCGUGUCUUCCAGUGACGCUGAGAGCGCAGACACCGUGUCAUUGACCAUCAGCGACAUUCAAGAACCCCUGGGUACGAAAGAGGCCUCUGACAACCAAGUCAGCAGCCCUCUGCCCGUCUCUGGCAGCGCACCAGCAGUAUGGACAUACACCCACUGCGGAAAAUGCGGGCGUCACUAUUGCGCCCGUUGUAGCUUUCCCAGCCAGAGUGGCAGAUCACCGGACGGCAGCCGAUGGUUCGCUCCGCAGUGGACAGCGGACCUCAAGACGCACCAACAGCAGGCAUGGACGACCGGCGCAGGCGUGCACGGAAGGUCUCCAGGCAUCACAGACUCCGGAAGCCGACCAGCCAGUGGUGUGGCGUCUCAAAUGAGCGGCGGCCGCGGUGGCAAACCCUCAGACCGCGCCUCGCUCUGCUCCCAGAGCAGUGGCACCAGCAGUGCCAGUACCAGCGGCGCCAGCACUAGCUCGUCCGAGUACAACGUGCCGCGGAGCUUCCUGGAGUCUCUGUACGACCAGCCUCGAAGCAUCAUCCACACGGACGCCGAACUGUUCAGAAACUAUCCGGGCGUCCGUCCGUCCUCCGGAGCGACGCCGUCUCCGGUGGUGGACUCCAUGUUGCCGGGAGUCCAUGGCUUCGGCGCGGCGGCUUGCAUCUGCAGCGCCCGUGGCACACAGCCGUGUGCCGAAACCCCUCUGGCGCGCUCCGGUUCCAGUGACUCCCCGCUUGCGUCGCCCAAACGUUCUACGCCGCAGCCGAGGCCUCCCUGCACGUGCAACGUACGACUGCAGUACCCGAACUACGACGUCCCACGAGCAGCACUGGCUAAUCUCUACCUGAAGGAACAGUCGAAAAAUGUCGCCGACAUCACUCCUGACCUACCGUCAAACGACACCAUCGACUCCGCGAUGCACUACGACGUCCCCAAGAAAUAUAAGGAGCACGUGUCGCAACAAGAGUCGUCUCAAGGAACAAGGACUGCUCGGCUACCUUUAGCUUGCUCCUGCGGCAACAGCCUCGUUCCAGACCCGCUGUCUAUGUGCCAAGAACUUAACGCUUGCAGCCACGUUCGAGCUGCUUGCACGUGCAACCGAGUAACAUUCUGGGCCGGAAAUCUUGUUCCCUGCUUCCAAAGAACACCUUCCGAAGAAAACCAGGCUGCAACGCUACAGUGCUCGAUGAGCUGCGCACCCUCUACUAUAUGUAGGGAACCAGGCAAGAGAAACAGGAUGCUUGGUGCCAUGCCGGACAGUAGGAAGCUCGACCACUUCUCCGACUAUGUGAACUGUCAUUUCAUAGAGUCUUUGCCACUGUACCAAAACACUUGCGCGUUGUCCUCUCUGUCGGAACAGUGCGACUCCGAUAAGGACGCGAAGAGCACUUCCGAAAAGAAAUUUAUGCCCCCAGGUUCCCCUUCAGUAAACCAAAACCAGUUCAAGAGCCCCGAAAAAUCUGCGACCUUGAAGAAGACAGCUCCACGCUGCUCGCCUUCGUCAAGCACCAUCGGCGAAAGCUACGAAAUGAUGUCCUUCCGCGGUUCAUCAGAGCAAGUGAGCGUCGUCUGCGAUAGCAACUACAUCGCCAUGCGUCCAAUCGAGCCUUGCAAGUGUGACAACGAUCGCGGCAGCAGCAAUGCUACAAGCUCGGACACAAAAAGAACUCCGCUUCCACUGCGGCCAUUCAUGCCAUACCUGCUCCCUUGUGAGGAGGAGUUUCCAGAAGACGUGUCUUCCGAAGCCGAGACAAGUUGGAAAAACAGCACCAAAUGCAGCCUCACAAGCAGCAGGCAACGCUCGACCGAGACGCCAGACAAGCCAUCACCCCUAGCUGACGCCAAAAGAAAGGUGCUCACGAAGAAACGGUCCAGCUCGGCCGAUGGGCGCCAAGAAACGGAAGAAAUGUCGGAGGCGGAAGAGGCCGUCCCCAUGGGCAGAGAACGGCGACCAACGUUUAACAAGCUUCCGUUCCGAGCUAGGUCUCAGAACUUGGUCGAUGUUACACCGCCGUCUUCAGUGCCUUCCACUCCGAACAACCGUUCUUUGGAGAAUUUGUACCGAAUCCCCUUUCACAGGUCAGCUGACUGCCUAAAGCUGAAAGGCGACUUCAGAUUUUCGGAGGAAGACCUCUUAAUGGACGCCGGUAAUGCCGAUUCGUGCGAUGCCCCUACGAACGGCACCAGCAUCAAGCGCUCCUCUAGCGUGCCUUGCAAACCGCAACAGCAGGACACCAUUUCGAGCCCGUCGGACUCCGGCGUAUCGACGAGCCUGCCCGAAAGCUCAGAAACUGUGUGCGAGCUUGCGACGCACGAAUGUCAUAUGAGCUCGCACACUUCGCUUCCAAGAAACCUCGAUGAAGGGACGACUGUGAACCACCGUCGCUGCGACGAGAGCAAAAGGUUUAUUCAAGAAGGAGGACACACGCCCUGCCAGGGUUAUUUGUGCGCUUCUGUUCGGAAAACACAGCUGUGA